CCGGUAACGGGAAGUGUGACAUGAGCCCUAAAUACAUGUAUUAUCACUGUAAGAAAUCUUGUCAAUUGUGUGACUCCCCGCCUCCGAAUCCAGAAGUAAAGGAAAAUUGUCUUGAUCAACAUGAGAAGUGUCCUUACUGGGCCGAUAACGGGAAGUGUGGAAAGAAUCCUAAAUACAUGUAUACUACCUGUAAGAAAUCUUGCAAGGUGUGUGACACUCCGCUUCCGAAUCCAGAAGUAAUUGAACCUUGCAUUGAUGAGAACACACAAUGUGCCACCUAGGCCAGAAGAGGCGAACGUGAAACAUGCGUCCUCUUGCUCUGACUGUAGCUAAAUAGAUCCAAGAAAUUCCAGAAAUUCCAGAAUAACUCGAUACUUACCGUUCUUCGUUAGAAUUCAUUUAAACCAACAUUUAUUUACCUUGAAAUCAAUAAAAAUAAUAAUUCUUUUAUAUAUAUUUGAUAAUAAUAAUAAUAAUAAUAAUAAUAAUAAUAAUAAUAAUAUUU